AAACAGCAACAACCGCAGCAAGUUCAACAGCAGCAGCCACCUCCGCCGCCGCCAGCCCAAUCAAAAUCUGGAAUAAAUGAUUUGAAGGCGGAGAAACCUGCUCAAUUCACCUCUUUUCCGUUGCCGAUGACCUCGUUAUAUUUCCCUGGGUGCGAAUCCGAUUACCUCGUUAUAUUUCCCUGGAUGUUUUGGUUAUUUAUCAUUGUAACCGUAACAAUAAAUAUUUCAUAGCUAAGAAAUUACCCCCAUCUUCAUAAGUAGAUACAUGCCACCACUUCAAGUUGUUGUGUCCAUGGAUGGGAGUUCUGGAUCUUCGACGCCUAGCCAGGAACCACAUUUGUUUCUCUCUCAACAGCGGCCAAAGAGUUGCUGGUUCUGCAUCUUUUUAUGGGGCCAAGCCAUACAAUCUCAAUGUUGUGCCCCCGACAGAAACCACUAUUCUUGGAAACCCAUUGCAGGGAAGCUUACCAAGUAGGAAUUUGAACUCGGUUUCAGACAAGGGCCAAGUUGCUAGCACAUUUUCUGGUCAUACUACAAAGGAUAAGAACUCUGCAGCGGUUGCACCCAACUUUGUGGAUGCCCAGAGAAAGCAGCAUGUGCUCCAGCAAGCUCUGCAGUCUGCUUCUUCUGGAAAUCUGCUGCUUGUUUAUUCUAAACUCAGUUGUCAUCCCAACGMUACAAUGGAUUUYRCCUGAUGAAUGCCAAAACUUUGGUUCAAAAGAUCUUUGCCCCCUUGGUGGGAUUGUAAAACUAUAUUCCUUUUUACGUAAUGGACUUAUCCAACUAUUCUAUAUCUUUUGGUUUUACCCACUAUACGUUUUCAGCUAUGUGUUGAGCAGCAUCUGGUAUUGAUUGUUUCUUUUAUCCACUGUUUCAUGCCAUGUAGCAAAUUUUUUGCAAUUAAUGUUUCUGUAAUAUUAUCAUAUCACUAUUUUGGUAUCAAUCCUCACUUGUAAAUAUAAUGCCUUUUGUUCUUAAUGUAUUGUUUAAUUGGAAUAUUGCUAUGUUGUUGCAAGUUGUAACUCAGCUGAUACAUGAACCUCUUUCCAACUUGUAACCAAACAUUUAGCUACCACAUAAUUGGUUAUGUGCAUUGGCUUAUUUCUUA